AUCUGCCCCACCUGCAGAGGGCGGUAUUUAUACUGGGGGUGGGGAAAGGUGCAGGAUCAGCUGCUGUAUGAUUCAGGAUGAGGGAUCUGUGGCUCCUGGUGGUGGCCGCCAUAGUUGUGUCUGUGGGAGCUGGAGAGAUCUGCUAUGACCAGCUGGGAUGUUUCCCCAAUGCCCCUCCAUAUGCCUUCACCCCACAAAGGCCCAUUGGCUGGUUCCCGUGGCCACCGGAAAGAAUCAACACCCGAUACCUGCUGUUCACCAGAGAGAAUCCGGAACACUUCCACGAAAUCCAAGCACUAAACGUCUCUACAGUCUCAGCUACCAAGUUUUGUCCCAAAAGGAAAUCCAUCUUUAUUAUCCAUGGGUUUCUGGAGGCUGGGGAGAAUAAGUGGCUGGUAGACAUGUGCCAGACCCUGCUGCAGGUGUCUAAUGUGAACUGCUUCGCUGUAGAUUGGUUUGGUGGGUCGGUCGCUCUGUACACACGAGCUGUCAACAAUGCCCGUGUCGUGGGCGCAGAACUGGCCAAUUUUAUCAACUAUCUUUUGGGUCACUACAGGUACUCCCUGAGUAACAUUUACCUGAUAGGACACAGUUUGGGCGCUCACAUUGCUGGUGAAGCUGGGAAGAGGCGUCCAGGAAUUUCCCGGAUAUCGGGGUUGGACCCAGCCGGCCCUUACUUUGAGAAUACCCCACCCGAAGUGAGGUUGGACCCUUCUGAUGCACAGCUUGUGGAUGUCAUCCAUACUGAUGGCUCUGACACUAUUCUUGGUCAAGGACUAAGUGGGUUUGGGAUGAGCCAGUUGGUCGGUCAUCUGGACUUCUUUCCCAAUGGAGGGAGGCACCAGCCUGGGUGUCCUAACUUUUAUCGCAAGCUUGGGGACCUGGACCGAGUCAUAGAAGGACUUGAGGAGAUAAUCUUCUGUAGUCAUCGAAGGAGUGUCUCAUUCUUCUUAAAUAGUAUCCUCCAUUCUGAUGGGUUUAUCAGCUACCCAGGACCCUCCUACAGUGAUUUCCAAAAGGGUGCUGGAUUCCCCUGUUGCAAUGGAAGCUGCACAACCAUGGGAUACUACGCGGACUCUCACCGCCAUGAUCAUGGAAGUCCAACCUUUUUCUUGAAUACUGGUGACCCUGAGAACCUUCUUCGUUGGAGGUACAAGGUGUCGGUCAAUCUUACUGGAUCCACACUCUUCAUGGGGUCGUUCAGUGUCUCUCUGUGCGGGAAGGACUGUUCUCCUCAGUACAUCAUACACAGUGGACUUAUUCAGUCCGGGAGAACUUACUCCUCCUUCUUUGAUGUGGAGAUGGAUGUUUACCCCGUCAUCAAUACAGUAUUUACCUGGCACAAGGAGGGCAUUAAUCUCAUCCAGCCAAAACUUGGGGCCACAGCUAUGGAGGUUCAAUAUGGACCCAGUGGGGCAAUAUCCUACUUCUGUGGCAAGGCGUUGACCGAAGACAAAAUCCCCCAAACUCUUGAACCUUGUAAUAUGAACAGCAGAAUAAAAUCCACAUAAAGUGCAA